CUCAACACCUUCGAAAACAUUGUUUUGACAUAGCUAGGAACAAAUAUUUUAGGGGUAACGCUUUCCUACGGAUAUCUUUUAGUUCGUACCUAGAAAUCAAAAUAGCUAGCCAGCUAUCUUUCUAGCUCAAUUUUAAACUUAACGGACAACAACCAUAUGACAAAGAUACAUUUGUUGAAAUACAAUAGUUUAGUAAAUUACCUAACUGGAAAGUGAAAAUCAAAUGGCUUCGACUGUGGAAAUGACAGAGUUGUAUGACAACGCUCUGCUUGGAAUAUUGCAGCAUGUUGGAAACAUCCAGAAUUUUCUUCAGGUCUACUUUGGCUUUCUGUACCGCAAGACAGACUUUUACCGCCUGCUGUCAAGCCCCAAUGACCGUAUGGGCUUCCCACCAGGGGUGGCCGAGAAAAUGGUCCUCAAGUCUUUCCACCUGUUUGAGCGUGUUGCACAGCAGGACAGAGAGAGACAGCAGAAGGAGUUGCAGCAACGACUCGAGGCCAGAGCAGCGCCCCCUGCAGUGCAGGAACUGGAGGUGCCAGCAGCGCAGUCGUUGGAGCCUAGCAUAGAGAGUACAGAGCCCACUGUGAGAGAGAACUCUGCUUCAGAAUCCGGAGAGCCCAGCGAAGCCUGUAGUUCCACCUCUUCCAGCCAAGCCUCAGCCUCUACUUCACAGCCUCAGAGCAGCGCUGUCACCCAGCCAACAGCACAGGGAGAACAGGCUACGGCAGCCGGCAGUUCAGGCUGUACAGCGUCCGCGCCUGCAGAUGGUCAGGUGGUGUACCAGGCCAGUCCGGAGAGUUACAACGGGGCCGUGAGGGACAACUACAGCUGGUCACAGGACUACACGGACAUCGAGGUUCGCGUCAACGUCCCCAAAACCACCGUCAAGGGCAGACAGGUGCGUGUGAACAUACGGUCGGGCAGUGUGUGUGUGUGUCUCAAGGAGGGAACCGAAGAGAAGGUCUUGAUGGAAGGAGAGCUCACGCACAGAAUCAACACGGAGACCUCGCUGUGGAGCUUGGAGCCUGGACGCUGUGUCGUGAUGUCUCUCAGCAAGUGUGGUGAGGUGUGGUGGAGCGCCGUGUUGAAGGGCGAGGAGGAGAUUGACGUGAACCAGAUCAACAGGGAGCGCUCCAUGGCCACAGUGGAUGAAGAGGAGCACGCUGUGCUGGACAGACUCACGUUCGACUAUCGCCAGAAACUACAGGGCAAGCCGCAGAGCCAUGAGAUGAAGGUCCAUGAAAUGCUGAAGAAAGGUUGGGAUGCUGAAGGCUCUCCCUUUAAAGGACAGGAGUUUGAUCCCUCCAUGUUUGACAUCCCUCCCAGCGCUGUACAGAUGUGAACACAAACAAUCACCAUGUUGUGCAUUGGAGGUGAGAGACGGACAAGAGUGGGCUGUUUUUACAGUGGAGAUGCUUUGUUUUCCCCCCGUUUUUUUUUUUUAAAUACAUUUUUCGCGAUCUUUGAACAUUAGUGACAGAAGCUGUGUGGAAGCUUUGUUUCUGUCUUCUGACUGAUACGACAGAACUGGGCUGUGUUCUUUAGGUUCCAAACGGAACAAAACCCACUGAUCAGGAAUGGCCUGGACUCUUAGAAAACUCAUAUUCCUUUUCUGUUGCAAAACGUUUGUUUCAGGCACUCGUGAAAAUGUUCUGGACUUCCCUGUUUGUGUCUUUCUACCCACCACUAAACAUACCCGACCUGUUGGUAGAUGGAGCUACCCUGAUAGAUCUUUAAUAGGUUUAUCGUGCCCAAAUUCAAAAUGUUCUUAUUGAGGGAGUGGUUGGCAAACUGACCCUAGAUUUGUGUCUAAAUGGGCUUUCCAGGUUCAGAUUUGUUACUUGUGUGUUACUCAUUGAUGCUUUAUUGAUUUGCUCAAGUUGUCCUUGUCAUUUUUCUUUUACUGAGGUGUCUCAUUA